CAUUGUCUCCACGGCGGCGAGGAGCGCCGGAGAGCGCAGUCCCGGACCAAGCAGGGCGGCGCGGCUCGCCGGGAAGGCGGCGGCUCCUGGAGCGGGCGCGACGCGACGCUAUCACCGCUUCCCGAGCUCUGUCUGGCCUCCCAGCGCCGCGGCCCUCCCGAGGCCUGGAGGGGUCCGGGCCGCCGUCCAUGGUCGCGGCGUCCUGAGGCGGGGGACGCGCCCGGCGCCCCCAGCCCUCCUCCGCCUCCUGCUUUCGGGCGGGCGGCCUCCUCCGGCGCCUCCCUGCGCCCGCCCGCCUGCUCGCCCGCCGCCUCCCUCCCUCUUUCCCUGCGGCUCCCCCGGCUUUCGGGAACCCGGGGGCGGCCUGUGGCGCGCCGAGCCCGCGGCGGACUGCACCUCUUUGGACCUUGAGGGGAAACAUGCGUUUGGCUUGGAUCGGUUUAAAUUCUUAGUUUGGGAUCCCCGCCCGCCUGCCUCUUCCGCCCCGCGGGUUUUCUUUUCUCUUUUUCUUUUUUUUUGUCCUUUUCCACCUCCCAGUCUCCUUUUUGACUCCCUCCCCCUUUAUGCUCGCCCAACCCUCCCCCGGUUGCUGAGAAGUGGGGGAGGGUCUCGGCCUCCAGGUUCCCGCCCCACCGGGGCCCGGGCGAGCAUGGGGGGCAAGCAGAGCACGGCGGCUCGUUCUCGGGGCCCCUUCCCUGGGGUCUCCACCGAUGACAGCGCCGUGCCCCCGCCGGGAGGGGCGCCCCACUUUGGGCACUACCGGGCAGGCGGCGGGGCCAUGGGGCUGCGCAGCCGCUCGGUCAGCUCGGUGGCGGGCAUGGGCAUGGACCCCAGCACGGCCGGGGGGGUGCCCUUUGGCCUCUACACCCCCGCUUCCCGGGGCACCGGCGACUCGGAGAGGGCGCCCGGCGGCGGAGGGUCGGCGUCCGACUCCACCUAUGCCCACGGCAAUGGUUACCAGGAGACGGGCGGCGGUCACCAUAGAGACGGGAUGCUGUACCUGGGCUCCCGAGCCUCGCUGGCGGAUGCUCUACCUCUGCACAUCGCACCCAGGUGGUUCAGCUCGCACAGUGGUUUCAAGUGCCCCAUUUGCUCCAAGUCUGUGGCUUCCGAUGAGAUGGAAAUGCACUUUAUAAUGUGUCUGAGCAAACCUCGCCUCUCCUACAAUGAUGACGUGCUGACUAAAGACGCAGGGGAGUGUGUGAUCUGCCUGGAGGAGCUGCUUCAGGGGGACACGAUAGCCAGGCUGCCCUGCCUGUGCAUUUAUCACAAAAGUUGCAUAGACUCGUGGUUUGAGGUGAACAGAUCUUGUCCAGAACACCCUGCGGAUUGACCCUGCUGGGCUCGCUUGCUGACUCCUCUCAAAGGUGAGCCUGUGGUUGGGAUGGAGUCGCUCUGGGACCAGGAGGGUGGGGGGCUCCGAGCUGCCCUCACACCCCCGCCACCCCUGAGAGGGUCGGGGAGAGGGGAGCAUGUUAGCAGCAGUGGUGCCGUGGGGUGGGGUGGUUCCCGGGCAGGAUGCGAGUGGAGACUUGCUCGGUCAUGGAGGAGAACCUGCUUAGCAGAGGUAGCUUCGUUGGGCUGCGUUCCAGAUGUCUGGGGCCGGUCUCCCCGAGGAGAGGGCUGGGCAGGAGAAGCAGCACAAACUCUGGGACAAGACACUGCCUUGCUUCCCAACUGCCUCGUGCUCCCUGGGUGGUGGGGGCAGGUCCUCACCUUAGGGGUCUCUGCUGCCUCUUUGGGGAAGGGACAUCACAGGCCCUGAACGAGACAGCAUGUGUUCUUGAGGCUUCCAGGCCGAGCUUGGGGCCCCGCUACCCACAGCAGAGCAGUGCAAUCGGCUUCCUCCCCAAAUGUGCACUUGCUCUCCCCGAACCAUCAUUUGACCCCCGUUUCUCUUUGGGCGCGUUGCUUUGUUGCCACCGUCCCCUCCUGUCCCCAUCCGGGCUGGCGCUUGUGCUCCUUGCUGACAGACUAAACUCGCAGAGAAACCCACACCCAAACCCAGACUCCACCUCCUCUCGCAUCCGAGGGUCUGGGGGCCUCUUUCCCUCUCUCUUCCCGCCUGCCUCUGUUUUCUGUUUUCUUUUGUUCUUCGUUAGGUUUAUUUUCUUUAUUCCAAGUAAACUCCCAGAACAGCUGAUGAUGUCAAACUAUUCAGGGACAUUGGCUCUUUUUACCUUCGCCUCAAAAACUGAGGAUGUGGGGCGAAGAAACAGCAAGGGGGAGAGUGAGGCCGAGGGAGUGGAGCCUGGCGCUGGCUGCGAGCCCACCUUCCUGGCACAUUUGGCUUCACGAUGUUCGGCGCCGGGGCCCCCGGACCGGAACCACGGGCGCCCCGGCCCGGCCUCGCGGGAUGCACACGGCCAGCCUCGGCCCCUCGGAACACGACUCACGUCUCCUGGUCCCCACAGGGACAGCCAGGCCCCCCCCCCCCCGCCCCCGUUCCUGAGAGGAGGCUUCGGACCCUGGGGCAGAGCUGAGCUGGGGACACCCGUGGGAACAGGGCGCCCCUCCUGCACUGACUUCCAGAGAUGGUUCUCCCUUUCUCCCCGAGGACACCAGACUGGAUGAGCACGCGUUUGCCAGAAGGAAGAACCACCCGCUCUCCUUCCCUCAUCCUCAUCCCAGGAGGGAAAGGGCAUUUUCUUUUUCACUUUCGAAAGGCGUUGUGGGUCUGUCUCUAAAGUGUUUACAAAAAAAACUAUAAAAACAAAAAAACAAAAAACAAAAACAAAAA